AUGGUUGAUACGUUCCCUGAGGAUGUUAAAUUGAAAGACCUGCUGGAGGGUUCCCAGAAACUCGAGGACUUUGCCUAUGCCUACCCCGAGCGCAAUCGUGUCUUUGGUGGUAAAGCCCACGACGACACCGUCAACUACCUCUACAAGGAGCUGAAGAAGACGGGCUACUACGAUGUCUACAAGCAGCCCCAGGUCCACCUGUGGAGCAAUGCCGACCAGACGCUCAAGGUCGGCGACGAGGAGAUUGAGGCGAAGACCAUGACCUACAGUCCCAGCGUCGAGGUUACCGCCGAUGUGGCCGUCGUCAAGAACCUGGGAUGUACCGAGGCCGAUUACCCAUCCGAUGUCGCCGGCAAGGUCGCCCUCAUCAAGCGUGGGGAGUGCCCGUUCGGCGACAAGUCGGUUCUCGCGGCCAAAGCCAAGGCCGCGGCGUCGAUUGUCUAUAACAACGUGGCCGGUUCCAUGGCGGGCACCCUGGGCGCGGCGGUGAGUGAUAAGGGUCCGUAUUCGGCCAUUGUCGGGAUCAGCUUGGAGGAUGGCCAGAAGCUGAUCAAGCUUGCGGAGGCUGGAUCGGUGUCGGUGGAUCUCUGGGUGGACAGCAAGCAGGAGAACCGUACGACGUAUAACGUGGUCGCGCAGACGAAGGGCGGCGAUCCGAACAAUGUGGUCACGCUGGGUGGCCACACGGACUCGGUUGAGGCGGGCCCUGGGAUCAACGACGACGGCUCGGGCAUCAUUAGCAAUCUGGUCGUUGCGAAAGCGCUGACCAAGUACUCCGUCAAGAAUGCCGUGCGCUUCCUCUUCUGGACGGCCGAGGAGUUCGGCCUGUUGGGCAGCGACUAUUACGUCUCCCAUCUGAAUGCCACCGAGCUGAACAAGAUCCGACUGUACCUGAACUUCGAUAUGAUCGCGUCGCCCAACUACGCCCUUAUGAUCUAUGACGGUGAUGGAUCGGCGUUCAACCAGACUGGACCGGCCGGUUCCGCCCAGAUCGAGAAGUUGUUCGAAGACUACUUCGACUCCAAGGACUUGGCUCAUAUCCCGACCCAAUUCGACGGACGUUCCGACUACGAGGCCUUUAUCCUGAACGGGAUCCCCGCCGGUGGAAUCUUCACGGGUGCCGAGGGCAUCAUGUCCGAGGAGAACGCCAGCCGCUGGGGCGGCACGGCCGGCGUGGCGUACGACGCCAACUACCACGCCGCGGGAGACAACAUGACCAACCUCAACCACGACGCCUUCCUGAUCAACUCCAAGGCCACGGCCUUCGCAGUCGCCACCUAUGCCAACGACCUGUCCUCGAUCCCCAAGCGGAACACCACCUCCGCCCUCCACCGCCGCGCGCGCAGCAUAAGACCAUUCGGCAAGAGAGCCCCCAAGACGCACGCUCACGUCUCGGGGUCGGGAUGCUGGCACUCUCGAGUUGAGGCGUAG